AUGGAAAUUACGAUACCCAAAGAUAUAGGUGCGAAAUCAGCUGUUAGACCUGUGGAUAUACAGGUAAUGACUACCUGUGUGCCGCCAGUUAAUUAUGAGUUGCCAAGUAAUGAACGGCUUGCCAAGCAUGGUUAUCUAAGGAUGCAGACUAACCCGACAGUACAGAAAGACGUCAUGACACACCCGCAGCAGAAACUUCCCUCUAGGAGAGAAAAUGAAGACUCUGUGCAACUUGAUAUUAUUUACAUAACUGAUCGAAUAAUUGCCUUAUCCUUUCCAGCUAGUGGUCAUGAAUUGCUUUAUAGGAAUAACUUAAAAGAUGCAGCUAGAACUUUAAAAAACAGACAUCAAGAAAAAUAUCUUGUUAUAAAUUUAUCGAAAAAAAGAUGUGAUCUUGUGAAAUUAAAUAAUCAGGUACUUGAUUUGGGAUGGCCAGACCACCUAGCUCCUCCAUUAGAAAAACUGUGUAGUACCUGUAAAGCCAUAGAAUCAUGGCUGUCAAUGGACCCACAUAAUGUAGUUGUUCUACAUACAAAGGGAGGUCUUGGUAGACUAGGCGUUGUCAUAGCAGCAUAUAUGCAGUACAUUAUAAUUUGCAAUGGCAAUGGAAAUCAGAACACCGAGAGAUUCAAUUUGAAACGUUUCUUUGAUGAGAAAUUAUUUUCUGCAACAGAGUCAUCUCAAAUGAGAUAUGUGAAUUAUUUUUCGGGAUUGUUGUCAGGAGCGAUACAAAUCAAUAAUGCGCCACUUUAUCUACAUUAUCUUGUACUACAUGGAGUCCCUAACUUUGAUGCAAAAGGAGGUUGUCAGCCAUUUUUUAAAAUAUACCAAUCCAUGCAGCCUUCAUUCACCUCAGGUGUAUAUACAUUGACAAAUAAUAUGGGAAAAUUAGGAGUAGUAAUCGACCCACCAUUACAGAUCAGAGGUGACGUGUUGGUCAAGUGUUAUCACAGAAGUCAAGCCAAUUCUCGGGAUGUUGUGUUUCGAUGUCAGUUUCAUACAUGUGCCAUAUCACAGUAUCACCUUGCCUUUACCAAAUAUGAAUUAGAUGAUGCUUCUAAGGAUUCCAGGUUUCCAGAUUACUGCAAGUUGGAGUUGAUUUUCUCAGACACAGCAGAGAAACUGCAGGGUCUAGAGGGAAUUGUGAACCCACAUGUACCAGUGGAUCACUCGGACACAGCCCUCAUGAAGUGGGAUUCCUAUGAAAACUUUGAUAAACAUGAAGAGGACAGUGAACAUGAAGCUUAUUUCAAUGAAUCUGAUGGCAGAGGUGAAGUUCAAGUUAUUCAUACCCACGGCCCUGUAGAUGGGAGUCUUUAUGCACAAAUACCCAAGAAAGGUGGUAAACACAACAUACCCAAUGGUCCUGAGACGCACAGACAUGGUGGACCCGGAAUGACCUUAGAAUUAGACCAGGAAGUCAAUGAUUUUAUGGAUGGUCUGAAAAUUGAAAACAACCAAAAUGGACCAGGCCCACAAAGUAAGAGUCUGGUGCCUGUCCAGUCUCCUACAGAAACAAUCAAAAGACGUGUGCAUAAGGAAGGACCAAAGCCGAACACAUUAAAAACCUGGUUCAGUCGGCAGCAACCGAACACAACAUGGAACUAUACACAUAGAACAUUAGACAGAAAUAAACAUGCUAAUAGUCUGGAUGAUCAAAUAUCUCAACCGCCAUCUCUAGAAAAAACGAAGCAACAGCAAAAUCAUACUAGUCCACAAGCGUCAGGCAAUUUUUCGCAGGAUAAUCGGAACUACCCUAGGGAGCACAGCUACCGUGGCUUCCGCGAUGAUGAGAAUCCAUAUGCUGAGAUUCAGGAUUACCCUCAUUCUUCUCCAACAUCUUCCAUGACAAGUGGUCCACCGCAGACGAGUUCAUUCAGUUCACUGAGUGAAGUAACAAAUCCAACUUACGGUGCUUCAUCCCAGUCCAGUGGGAAAAUGAUAAACAAUGUCAGUCCUACUGAGCGAGAUUUUGCUAUGCAUGGCUAUAGUAAUGUUGACGGUCAAAUACCCAAUCAGUAUAGGAGUGACCAAUCAUAUGGUGCUCCUGGACAAACUGAACACCACUCUGGUCAUUCUGGACAUUUUCAUCGUACAGAGCAAAUUGGUCCCAUAGAACACACUCACAGAGUUCAAGGUCAACUUCCUGAUCAUGUUCAACACCACAGUUCCCAUGAUCAUUCAACCAAUAUACAACAUAUGCACCAUCAAGGUCAAACAACAGAUGGUCAACAUGGCAAACACCUUGUGGGUGUCCAUCACCAUCAUCGCCCAGGACAAGUUACUGACUUGCAGCAUGUUGGUCAGCCUGGUCAUUCUACCCAGGGUCAGGGUCAUUCCAACCAGCAUGCAACUGGUCAGCAUAUAACUCAUCCAGGUCAGCACAUCUCUGGUCAACAUGUAAUUCAUACUGUACAGUCUACUCCUGGACAACAGUCAGACCAUCACAACAUCUCCGAUCAGCACUUAGGCCAUCAUGUCCAGUCCAGUCCUGGUCAUCAGACAGCCCAUUCGGUGCAGCAUCCAUCUGGUCAGCAGGUGAUCCAUCCAUCCGGGCAUGACAUCCAUACUCUACAGUACACUACAACAAAUGAAAGAACAUCACCAGCUGUUGCUACCGGUAACAAUCACACUCGCCAUCCAACAAAGCCAGCCUUUUCAAUGGAUCAAACUUUAAAUUCAGAUUCUGAAGUUUAUCCCUAUCAUCUACACCCACCAGGGGCUGAGGUUGGAUCGCCGGGUCACGUGACAAGUGUCUCCCCCGGAUACAAUACAGAGAACGCACAAACCACCAGGGUUGUUCAAGUGCAUUCAUCAUCUGACCACAAUCAACCAAUUGGUGUGAUUGACGUACACCACCUGGCCAAUCAGAGCUCACCAGCCAGUUCGUCUGGGGUCCAUCCUUUACAGAGUCAGUUGGCUGCAACUAAUCCCCCAGCUGUUGGGAGUCAACGACCUAAUAUCAAUAACUCGCAGUAUGGUAUGCAUACUAAGUAUGAGAUUAAACAUCAGCAUCAACCAGAACAUAUUGCGUCUGGACAACAUUCGCCAUCAAAGCAGUAUGACCAAAUUUCACCGCAGCGAGUUAUUGAACCACAAAAGAUGUCACAACAGGCUAUGUACCAACAACAGAAACAGCAACUGGAAGGUCAUCCACAGCAAGAACCGGCUAAAUCACAUACAACAGAUGACAACCUGACUUGGCUGGAAAAGCAGAAGAAAAAACUUGAAGAGAAGCGACAGCAGAAAAAUUCUCCUCCAUUGGAAGACAGUCAAAGACAACACUAUGCCACUCUUACAGAUAAAAGCCAUUACCCGAUUGUAUCAACCAGUCAACCCGCCGGUCAUCAACAUCAAACUGUUACUUACACAUACACAGAAGAGCAGCACAAGCCAAUGACCUCUCAAAACAGUAAUCCAAGUGAUUCUUUCAAAACUCAAGUCAGACCUAGUGAAUCAAAACUUACCAGUCAAGGGAACCUCCAGUCGCCUUCUAAUGUUAAUUUUGAUGAUAUUAAUUUGGAUGAUUUGGAAGCGUUAGCGUUGUCGUUACAGGACUCUACAAUGCAACUGAGUCCAGGGAAUAGUUAUAAUGGCGGACCAACUUCACCAUCACUAGUCCAUCCUUGGGGUAAACAAUCAACAACAACAACAACAACAACGUGGCAUAAUCAAAAUCGACCUGGGAUGCAGCCAACGCCUAAGAGAAGUGAAGGAACAAACAACAGUACAAGACCGUACUCACCUUAUGAGAUGAACACAAAUGUAACAAAGUUACCACCUCCGAGUCCUCGCCUGGGAAGAACCGAUUCUGGUCGAGUCUGCACACCUACCUCCAUGGAUAGUACUGUACCAAACAGAGAAUUACAGAUUGCGGAAGAACAAGUGGUGUCAAAUCCUUAUAACGGCUUGUUAUUCUCACAACCGAGAACGAUACAACCUGUUGAAGCACCAGUCACCGCCUCACCGUUCCACGGAAGAUUGUUUUCAGCACCACCACCUUCAUCAAGGCUGAUCAGUGAAUCACUUCCUGUCUACCAAUCCAGUCAUUUCUCCUCCCCAUCACAGUACUCCUCUUCAACUCUCACACCUCUGUCUUCAUCAUCCGUUCCUAGGGACAUUUCAGCAACUUCUCUCCAGUCGGGUGCAACUCCAUCAUCAUCUUUCCCAUCCUCACAUCUCUAUUCAACUCUUCCUACUCUUUCCUCAUCUAUCUCUUCAUCAGCUGAGUUUCCAACCACUAGUCCAUCCUACCAAUCAGUGCAUAGCAACUACAGUGUAACUAACACAUCAUCCCCAUAUCCUAAUAAUACUAACUCACCAUCAUACCAUCCAUCAAUCUCACAUGGUCAUCAUUCAUUGAAUAUCCAUCAACGUGCACUUCCCUCUCAAGAUAUUGUGCAGUCGUUAAAUCAUCAAUUGACUACUUGCCCAUCACGCACACAUCACACGCUGCCUGCCGCUGCACGCCAACCAGAGAAAAAGCAAGAAUACUAUGAGGAAAUGUAUAAUCAAAAUGCACACUCAAUUUCACAAUUGCCCAAUCGCCAAAUGCCUUCAUUAUCACGAUACCUUGUAAUGCCACAGUCAAGCCAAUCACCUGCACCCAACCACAGCUUGCCAUCCUCAAUCCCAGCAUCUUAUGGCUAUUCUACCAUAGCAGGAACCUCACCAUCUCAGAAAGCCAGUGCUCACUCAAUUGCAUCACCAAUACUUGUUGAGUCUAACCCAUCGGUGACGACUGUGACUUUAACUAACCCUACGUAUGCCAUGUCUAUCUCUCAAGCCUCUUACUAUUCACAAAACUCGCUUUCUCCAACGCAAGAAUCAUACUCAGUAGCUAAUCAAAAUGUAAGAGCGCCCUCUCCAUAUGAGCUUACAUACUCGCAAACUGAGCAACUUGACUCUACUAUGCAUUCUCAGAAUCUUUCUCUCUUUUCUUCUUCGCUCAGUCCGCAAAAUAUUUCUCCUCGAGGCGGCUACCUGCCAGCUUUCAGUGAGAGCACGUCACAGCACUCUACCCUGUUAUCUGAUAGGUCGUCACAUCAACAUAAAAGCCAGCCUGCUGAUGAUAUAGUGUCUGCUAAAACACAGCAAGAAGAGCCCAAUCUGACUGGUUUGGUCCGCAAUAGAGUAGCAGGUUACCACGCACAGUUAAUCAGAGAAGAACUAGAAUAUGAAAGAGGACGCCAACCUGAACGUCAACCGCCAACACACCCAGUGCAGCGAUCAAAAAGUGCUGGUGGAUACGAUUCACAGAGUGCGUACAACAGAUAUGCACCAAAACGAGAAGAAGUUCCUCGCAGACGUGCUCGCAGCCCUUCCUUUGAAAUGUUAAUAACAAAUCCUGGUGGCCAACCCAAAUAUGAAAGUGAAUAUUGGGACAAGAGGAGUGGAUUAAAAUCGCCAGAAACUGUGCAAGAUGACGAAGAUAUCACCGGGACAACGCCACAAUUUCCUGUCACCCCAAGCAUGGUACCCCGCACACCAUAUGCUAACAUGGUUACGACUCCCAUUGCUGUCGUAGAACGCAAAGCUCCAUUGAACUCCACAGCAGGUAUGAGACAACCAAGGGGAACUUUGAGAACGGAGGUCCCUGUUUCCAUGGUAACUUGUAAAAGCCCCACCUCAACCAUCUCAUCAGUUUCUCAUUCAGUCACCAAGACAAUAGAUACCACAAAUUACUUUCCAACAUCAAAACAAGAACCAACCAAUCAGCAUGCUAGGCAUAACGUAUUCAUGUAUCCUGCGACGUCCACUCAGGAUAGAUUGCCGAACACUGCACGAGGCUACGAGCAGUCGCUUCCUGGAAAUGCACCGGGAAAUGAUGGUUCAUCCACAGAGGUUCAAUAUAGGCACCAAAUGAGAGAAGGAGAGCCAUUGGAAACUGUUAUUAAUGGUGGGCCUUUACAUGAACACAGCUCCUCAAAACAACCGAAUGGUCAACCGUACAUGAUGACUUGGGAUCAGAGAGCUGCCCUCAACAAUAAAGAUCAAGAACAGCCAAUGAGGGAGUUGUAUAUAGAAACACAAACAUACGAGAAGAAGGUCAUGCCAGGGGGUGCGCCUGUUCCAACAUUAAAUAUUGCCGAACAACAGUCACUGCCACGUCAACUGCAACAUAUGGAAGCGCCCAAGCAACAACAACAUUCACCGGGAUAUCAGAACUACCCAACUAUUUCAGCUGCAGAGCCCAACCAAAUAGCUUCCCAGGGAUUAGUAUCGUACCAACCACAAAUUAGCCAGCAAGAUCCUUCAAAAGGUGUUGUUGGCGGUCACAAUGCGCUACCUCACGGAACUGUUAUGCAUGUACAUAUGCAGAAAACAACUCAUGAGCAUGUGGACAGUGCCCCCAGAUCUUUAUCAACACAGAAACCACACCAUGAGCAUGGAAGUCCUGCACAACCAGAACAUUUUACAGUGUCCCCCCAUCAUGAACACGGCAGACCCGGUCAUGUGCAGCAAGAACACUUGAAUAUUUUACCGCAUAAUGAACACGGCAGUCCUGGUCACACACGACAAGAACAUUUUACUACUUUGCAUAUCGAUGAGGAUACAAGUACAUGCACACCCAGUGAUUCUAGUGCAAGCCCGCAACAGAACAACUCUGGAGUUGCAUACGAGCAGGCAACGUUGCCAUUCCCGACGUCAAACAGCAUGAUGAAGGAACGAAUGCAGUUACAUAAACAGCAGGAACAGGAACAGCAACAAGAGCCACAGCAACUGCAUGCCCCUCAUCAAUCACCACAAAAUAUUUACCCUACUUACAGCGAUCGGUCCCGCCCUCAACAGCAAAUGCCGAAAGGUAGGGGCAGUGCACCCAAUCACCAACCGGGAUAUACAACGUUCAGCGACAGAUCAAAGGGUCCGGAUCAGCGAAAUCCAACAGGGCACGGAAACAUUACACUGACUACUGUAGAACAGAAUACAACAUAUAAUACGUUAUAUGAUAACAGAGGGAAUGCAGCUGAUCAACAGAAGAGCCCAAACAUGACACAAAUAGGUUCUGGAGGGAGUGGUGAGAACAUCAUUGGUGUGCUAGGUAGCACUUCCAGGAAGAUGGUAUCACCAGGCUCAUCUCAUGGGAGAGGCAGUCUAACUGGCAGUGAACGGAGCAUCUCACCACAACCUCCUGGUAGUGGUGGUGGCAUUGUUAGAAGUUACACCAAUGGUAGCAUCAAUGACAGCGGUAGAAGUUCACCAGCCAGUCUGUAUUAUCACCCUAUGUCAUCCCGUGGUAGCGGUUUCUCCCUCGGUGAUUCCGAUAUAAUACACAAGCAUCCCAUGUUUGUAAAAGACAUUUCCGGUUACUGGUACAAACCAACCAUCGCCAGGGAUGAAGCCAUAGCCAUUCUAAAGGAGAGGCCACCGGGAUCGUUCAUUGUACGAGAUAGUAACUCCUUUCCAGGUGCCUUUGGCCUGGCACUGAAAGUAGCCACACCACCACCAAGUGUCAUGCAGAACAAAAAGAAUGGUGAUUUAUCAAAUGAACUGGUGCGGCAUUUCUUGAUAGAGCCGAAUUCGCACGGCGUGCGAUUGAAAGGUUGCAGCAAUGAGCCUACCUUCAGUAGUUUGUCAGCAUUAGUGUAUCAACAUUCUAUCACUCCGUUAGCUUUGCCUUGCAAACUGUUGUUGCCUGAAGUUGAUCCAUCUGGCCCAAGCAGUGCAGCUAGUAGCCCUCGCUCAUCUGAUAUUCCUCACUCUCCCUCAGCUUUGCUGGCGCAGGGAGCAGCCUGUAAUGUACUAUACUUGCACUCAGAGGAGAUGGAAUCGUUAACAGGCCCGAAUGCUGUCCGCAAGGCAAUGACAGCAGUGGCGCUCAAGAAACCCCGUCCCAAAACUACAGUAGUUCAUUUCAAAGUUAACUACCAGGGAAUCACGCUUACAGAUAAUGAGAAAAAGUUAUUUUUCAGGCGUCACUAUGCGGUAAAUAAUGUCACUUAUUGUGGAAUGGAUCCAGAAAACAGGAGGUGGCCAAGGACAGAAGAUUCAACUGUUGCUGAUGCAAAGAUCUUUGGGUUUGUUGCUCGAAAACCAGGAAGUCUGACUGACAACUUGUGUCAUUUGUUUUGUGAACAUGAGCCUGAGCAGCCAGCAUCUGCAAUUGUCAACUUUGUAACAAAGAUUAUGCUUGGAAGUUCUCAACAGCAUAAAUAA